GCGGCCGCCGUAGUUGUUCUUCCAACUUCCGCUUCCCUGUCGUCGCCGCGCAAACACAAUGGCGGAAUAUUCCAGCGUUAAAUCGACCAAAUUGGUUCUGAAGGGACAGAAUAAAGGGAAAAAGAAGAAGGACAAAAACAAGAAGAGAAAGGCAGCAGAUAACCAAUCCAAAUUGGAUGUUGUCGGCGGUUGGUGGGCCGUCCGACAUUUUGGCGAGAUCAUGGGCACGGUCGCUAUUGAGAUGCACAACAAUUCCUACAUCCACGCCCUGGACACGGGGCUUUUCACAGUUGGUGCGCCGCACCAAGAGGACGAAGGACCAGACCCCCCUGAACAGUUCACUGCAGUCAAGCUCUCUGAUAACAGAAUAGCUUUGAAGUCGGGCUACGGGAAGUACCUGGGUCUCAAUGCAGACAACUUGGUGGUGGGCCGCUCCGAUGCCAUUGGAUCCAGAGAACAGUGGGAGCCCGUUUUUCAAGAGGGCAAGAUGGCGCUCCUGGCCGCCAACAACUGCUUCAUCUCGUACAGCGAGAGCGGUGACAUCGAGGCCACGAGCAAGACGGCGGGCGACGGCGAGAUGGUGAAGAUCCGCUCGUGCGCAGAGCGAGACGCGAAGCCCAAAGACGACAUCGCCGACGAGGACCGAGGCAACGUCAAAUCCUGCGAGCUCAAUUACGUGAAGAAGUUUCAGAGUUUCCAGGACCGUCGCCUGAGGGUGAACGAGGACGAGCCGUCGAUGCUGAAGAAAGCCAGACUCGAUGGAAAAUUUCACGAGGCUUUGCUCGACAGGAGGAGCAAAAUGAAAGCUGAUCGAUACUGCAAGUGAACUGUUUUGGAGGGGGGUUUUGUUGUUUUUUUGGAGGGGGGAAUUAAUAAACAUGUUGUGCCCAUUCGUGUAUUAUGCAUAAUUUAUAUUUAGAAAUCAAAGAUUAAAAAGUAUAUCCCACAAACAUAUGAUGGGAAUAUUUUGUAACUCCGCGUGAGUGUAUGGUUCAUGGUGGGUCAAACAAAGUAGGUGGCUUCAAUGUCAAACACCUCAGCGAAUAUUCGGGGCCAUUUCACAUAUUCGCAUCAACUUUGCUCUUUUGGAACGCUGCCAUAUCUUGGUAAGGGUUGUGCACGUGUCACGCAGUGCAUUGAGGAGAUCAUGAAAGGAAAUGAAAAGUUAUUGUGGAGCUAAACCCAAGUCAUGUGCUCCACUUCCACGUAGAAAGAACCAUCAGAUUGGCAAGUGCGUUUCAAAGGAUUGUUUCAUUGCAAGCAGUCCCAUGUCUUUUUUUUUUCAGCGCAAUUUUUACAGUAGUACAAAUUCAGACCAUUUUUAAUAGUCUGUAUCCAUGUUACCAAAAAUGUGUUUCAUACUUGUAUGUACUGAUGUUAUUUUUUAAAUCUAAAUAAUACUUGUCUUUACUUUUAC